CUGAGGCGACUGUCGAAGGCGUGACUUGGCAAACCGUGCGAGGAUUGGCAGAGAUGGACAGUCAUGGCUCCUCAACCGGUCUAAGCGAAGAAGAGAUCGACGCCGUGGCGAUGGCGGUGACUGCCGUCGUCGUGAACACGAUGGGCGACAAGGAGUCCUCGUCACACGACAUGCUGAUGCGGCUCCAGCAACGAAGAGCGCUGUUGCAGAGCGUUGCAAAGGCGCCGGAUUGCGCGGCGAUGUGUGAGGCAGUCGACCUCCGGCUUCGGGACGACGCGACGGACGAGUACUUCCGGCAGAAGCUGCGCAUGUCGACGGCCAUGUUCAACCACAUCGUUGCCGCGUGCGCCGCGUACAUGGAGAAGAAGGUGACGCACUAUCGAAUAUCGUUGCCAGUGGAGCAGCUGAUUGCUUUCGCGUUAUACAGGUGGGCGUCAGGAGGGACGUACGAGAGUGGCACGUCAGCAUUUGGCAUCGACAGGGCAACUGGACUGCAGGCCGUCCGCGACGUCACUUCGGCUCUGUUGCAGGCGUACCCCGACGCGAUGAAGUGGCCAAUGGGCAGGAGACAUGCGCAGAUUCUGCGCGCUUUCCGUGAGAAGGGUUUCCCAAACUGCUUUGGCGCUAUCGACUGUACACGCAUCUACAUCGACAAGCCCGCCGGCGCACCUUCCGAGAACUACCACGACCGCAAACAGAAGUUCUUUGUGCAGGCGCAGGUGGUUGUGGAUGUGGAUUUGCGGAUCCUCGACGUCCACGUGGGAUACCCUGGAAGUGUGCAUGACGUCCGUGUCCUGCACAAUUCCCUGUUGUUUAGGCGUGCAGAAAGUGGCGAGUUGUUCGACGCAACUCCGGAGAAUCUGCCGCACUGUGUCGUUACGCGAGGCUACCUGCUGGGUGACAACGGUUAUCCAGUUGCCUGUCCGUGGAUUGUGUGGCCGUACGGAGGAAUCGACCAAGGUGCUGACGAGGAGCGCUUCGACACGCGGCAAAAGGUGGCACGGGGGUGUGUGGAGAGGGCAUUCGGCCGACUCAAGUGCAUGUGGCGUCUGUUCUUGCGAACCCAUAAGACGAACCUAGAGACCUUGCCACAACAAUUUGUGGCUGUCUGCACUCUCCACAAUAUCCUCCUGGACGCGGGGAUGGACUUCGAUGAGAAUCUUCUGUGGGAGGUGGAUGGGAACGGCGUUCGGCGUAGAGUGGACUUGGGCAUUGUGGGGAACGGCGCACGCGGGCGGGGACGGUGCACAAACGUGAAAGGUGAAUUGUUGAGGGAUGCAUUGCGAGACCGCCUAGCUUUGAUGUAGGAUCGUGCGGUAGGGAGGUGGUGCAGACGGGGUGGUUCGAUCGGUAGGCGGCAGGAGUUAUUACGUGGUCCAUGUCCAUGGUCGUCGUGCGCGUGGUUGGUUGGUCGUUCGAACGGCGUCCUGAUUGUCGUCGACGAGUUCACAUUAUCGUUUUCAUGUUGUUGAUGGCUACCUGGUUCGCACAGUUGUGCGAAGUUUAAAGAUUGGAAGAACCUUUUUUUCUGGUAAUGUGUGUCAUCGUCGUUGGGACUUUUUGUCUUUUAUAUAUUGUUCCUGUCUUGAAAUCGU